CAAAUAACAGAAAACCUCAAUUACCAUACAAUCCCGCCCUGUCAAUCCCCUACAAUAACCUGCAACGGCAGAAGGGGACUGGGGGACUGGGGGACUGAAGAACACUGGAUAUAACGCUUUGAAUCGGCGCGGCGCUUAUUGGCCACACGGCACGUAUCGGGCUCGCCCUGCCCCACCACGGUAGAAACGCAUUUACCAGCACCCGCAACAGCUCUUGCAAGGCCGAUUGGAGCUCGGCCCACGACACCGAGCGCCGAGAGGAGUGCGAGGUGAAAAGCCAGCUGGUGCUCGUCAUCCAUACUCACUCACUUACUUGCGCACUUUCACUUUCACUUCCCUUUUCUACAAUUGCAAGUGGUUACACGGAUAUACGGAAAGGAAGAGAAAGAAGAGAAAGAUAUAAAGGAACUGGGGACAUUGCAAUUGUAUGGGUAACUAGGGCGCGAAAAGAGCUUGAUUCCCAUUGCGAUUUUGUGUGACUCGAUACCAAGAUGAAGACAGCAACUUCCAUGCGCCCCCUCCUCGCCGCCGCGCGCAGCGGCAGCGCCCCGAGGAGCGUACGCGCAGCAUCUACCAUCGCUGGUGCGAGGAGGGGAAUCACAGCUACGGCAGGUGCGAGGAGGACGGCUGUUGCGCCGCUGAGGGCGGCGGUUGGAGGUCCGCAGACCAGGGCUUUCUCGGCGGGCCAGAGGAGGCAGGAGGAGGCGUUUGAUCCGACGAUGGUGGAGAGGGAGAGUGAUGAGGUGGAUGUUUGUAUUGUUGGUGGUGGCCCAGCAGGACUCGCCUCCGCCAUCCGCCUCAAACAACUCGCGACCGCAGCAGGCAACGACGACUUCCGCGUCGUCGUCCUCGAAAAAGCCAGCGAGAUCGGCGCCCACAUCCUCUCCGGCGCCGUGCUGGAACCGCGCGCAAUCGAAGAACUCAUCCCAAACUGGCUGGACGAGGCGAACCCAGAUCGUUUCGACGGCAUCACGCCCGCCGCCGGCGAUAUAAUGCGGUUCUUGACGAAAAAGAUGGCCCUCCCGAUCCCGGCGCCGCCGCAGAUGCAUAAUAAGGGCAAUUAUAUCGUUUCCCUGAACCAGUUUACGAAGUGGUUGGGGGAGAGGGCUGAGGAGGCGGGGGUGGAGGUUUAUCCGGGGUUUGCGGGCGCGGAGGUGCUGUAUCGCCCCGAUGGAUCAGUAAAGGGUGUUGCGACGGGGGACCAGGGGAUUGCGAGGGAUGGGAGUAGGAAGGGUGGGUUUGAGAGGGGCAUGGAGUUCCAUGCUCGCGCGACGCUUUUCGCUGAGGGAUGCCAUGGUAGCUUGACGAAGGGAGUUAUCAAGAAGUUCGAUCUCCGCCGCGAGAGCGAGGCGCAGACGUACGGGCUGGGUAUCAAAGAGGUCUGGGAGAUCGCGCCGGAGAAGUUCAACAAGGGAAGUAUUACGCAUUCCCUCGGGUAUCCGUUACCGGCGGAUACGUAUGGAGGGGGGUGGAUGUACCAUUUCGGUGACAACCUCGUCAGCAUCGGACUCGUCGUCGGCCUCGACUACCCGAAUCCCUGGCUCUCACCCUACCAGGAGUUCCAGAAGAUGAAAGAUCACCUGCUCUACCGCUCCGUGCUCGAGGGGGGGAAAUGCAUAUCCUACGGCGCCCGCGCCCUCGUCGAGGGAGGCUUCCAAUCCAUCCCCAAGGUCGCAUUCCCCGGCGGCGCAUUGGUGGGAGAUACUGCGGGAUUCAUGAACGUCCCCAAGAUCAAGGGCACGCAUACAGCCAUGAAGAGCGGCAUGCUCGCCGCCGAAGCCGCGUACGAAGCGCUCACCGCUACGCAGGAGGGGACCGUCUUCCUCUACGACUAUGAGGAGAAACUGCGCCAGUCGUGGGUAUGGAGCGAGUUGAAAUCCGUGCGUAACAUGCGCCCGUCCUUCCACGGGCCGCUGAAAUUAUACGGCGGCAUCGCAUACUCCGGCCUCGAAGCCUUCGUCCUCAAGGGCCGUGUUCCCUGGACCCUGUCCCACGGCAGCAAGACGGAUGCGCAGGCGACAAAGGGGGCGGAUCAGUGCGAGAAGAUCGUGUAUGAGAAGCCGGAUGGGGAGGUGACGUUUGAUAUUCUGACGAGUGUGGCGAGGACGGGGACGGAUCAUGAGGAGGAUCAGCCGGUGCAUUUGCAGGUGAAGGACUGGAAGAAGCAUACUAGGAGUAUGUGGCCGAGGUUUAAGGGGGUGGAGAAUAGGUUUUGUCCGGCGGGGGUGUAUGAGUAUAUUGAGGAUGGGGGGGAGGAGGAGGGGGUGAGGUUUCAGAUUAAUGCGCAGAACUGCAUUCACUGCAAGACUUGCGAUAUUAAGGUCCCGGAUCAGGAUAUCAACUGGACGGUGCCAGAGGGCGGUGGAGGACCAAAGUAUUACAUGACCUAG